CCUCAUUUGUGCACGAAUAAAAACCCUAAUUUCAACUUCAUUCUCUUUCUCUUUUCUCUCUCAACCUCUACGCAAUUAAUCUCUUCAACAGCUACAGCCUCUCCUAUGGCGACGGCGGGCGACGGAAGGGCUCCCUACGAAAGCAGCGGAGCCGGAGGAAAGUUCCGUAAGAGGCCUUACCGGCGUAGUACUCCGGCGACGCCUUAUGAUAGACCUCCUACGGCACUCAGGAACAACAAUCCUGGCCUAUUUACGAAGCUUGUGGACCCUGCUUCCAGACUCAUCUAUGCCGGGGUUCAUAAGCUCUUCGGUGUUUUCCGCAAGCGUCUUCCUCCCCUAUCUUUACAAGGGCUGCCAGGGAUUAGUGAAGAACCACAAAAUGUUUCUCAGGAUGUAGGGAGAAAUAAUUCUAUUGGAGUAUCAAAAGCUAGCACUGAUCAAGACAUGAAUUCUGCUGCCACUGGGAUAUCAGAGCUUGAGCAAAUGUUGAAACAAAAAACCUUUACUAGGUUGGUCUUUCUCUUAGUACAAUCCUACAUUGCUAUUAUUUACGCUUUAGUGGUUGCUUUGAUUUCCACUCUAACCAAAAACUUGCUUUUAAGAUCUGAAAUCCAGCACUUGACAACAUUGUUGCAUUCAAGAACCACCGAGUCACCUGAUAAUGUUGUAGACAUAAAUGGAGCAAAGCCUCAUAGUUCGCCUUCUCCUCUUUUAAGGCUUGAAGCAUCAACAAGUGGCUCAAUGAAAAAACACGGAGACAACAGGGAUAACUUCUAUGCUGCUAUUUCAACUCCCUUUGUCAGUUCAAAAGUUCUUGAAGAGGAGACUCCUUCACCUGCUGAGGUGGCAAAGUCUUACAUGGGAUCCAGGCCUACAAAGUUAGCACCAUCGCCACUUGGAUUAACCAGCCAUAACACCACAACAAGCCUUCAAAAAACAUCAAUUACUCCAAAAACUGCAAACAAUUUCAAAGGUCUUGAAAAUGGUUUCUUGACACCAAGAUCAAGAGGCAGGUCAGCAAUGUACAGCAUGGCUAGGACACCAUAUAAUACCAAAAGUCCUUUAAAUUUUAACCAAAAGGAAAUCAUGUCAACAUCUUCUCAGUCUCUAAAACGUAGGAGUUCUGUUCUAGAUGAUGAUUUUGGAUCUGGGGGCCCACUGCGUAGAACUCGACAAAAACCUAAUCUUUUAUUACAGUCAAGAGAAAAAAGAGAACUUGGAUACACUACUUUUCAACAACCAAUGCUUUUAGAGAACAAACCUGAAGAAAAUGGGGACACCACUAUCCAUGGAUCUGUUCCAGCAAAGUCAACUCAAACAGCUACAAAAAUAUUCCAGCAACUUGAAAGAUUGACUCCAAAAUCGCCCACUAAACUGACAUCAAAUAUGCUCCAUGGUCAGGCUCUUAGAAGCUUGGAGAAAGUGGAUUCACCUAAAUUUCUCCCGACCUCUCAUAACACUCAGAAAUCAGAGUUUCAGCAUGAGUCAACUAGUAAGUCAACCUCUCGAGGCAAAGAAAAAGUUGAAGAAAACGGUGAAAGAAAGUUCCCUGUUCCUUUUAACAUGUUGACACCUGUUAAUGGUGAUUUGGGAGUUUCUAUAAAAGAAAGUUCACAGAUUGUUACAGUUGAUGAUUCAACUUCAAUUCUUCCACCUGAACCUCCUCAAAAGAGGCGUGCUUUUCAGAUGAGUGCUCCUGAGGAUACAUGGGAGCUAGAUGAUGAUGAUGAUGGUGAUGACAUCCAUGUUAAUGGGCAUGUGCCCAUUCCACCUGUUGUUGAAUACAAUAAACCAGAGACAAGCUUAGUAGCAAACAAACCUGCUUCUGCUGACAUCAUUGAACCUCCAACACCGCCGGAAGUCUUCAAAACUCCGGCACCGGUCGAAGCAACUCCGGUGGUGGCUGAAGUAACUCCGGUUGCAAAAUCUUCAGAGAAAGUCAAGUUGAAAGAAUCUGAAAAAGCCACACCAUUUCCAAAAACUGAUGGAUUUCUUGGUGGGAAUGUUAUUGAGCAAGAAACAGGAUUUAAAUUCCCAACCUCACCUCCAUCAACUUUCACCACACAAAAAGACAAGGUUACCCCUACUGAAAAGGUGUCACCAUUUCAGUUUUCUGGUAGCGAGCUUUCAGAAUCCAAACCAAAAGCACCUGAUUCUACCAGUGUAUUUAAUCUAGACACAAAGAAUGAUCAAGUUAAGGUCACCAACAAGGAUGAAAAUGGAAAUGAUCAAAAGCUGGAAAAUAUUCCUGCAGCUUCAUCAACAAGUGCUAUGUUCUCAUUUGCCAGCUCAGCAGCAAAGGACUCAAGUGGUCCCACUCCCACCAUGACACCUGAUUUGAGCUCUCCUGUAUUUUCUUCAUCGACUCCUUUUCCAGCUUCUGAUGCAAAUGCAAAUUCAGUUUUCAAUAAUAGCUCUUCCAAUAUUACCCCCGCCAGUACUUCCAUAGCCACUAGUAGUGUCUUCUCUACUACAUCUUUACCACCACCAACCUUCAGUUUCGGGUCUUCUAAACCAACGGCUUCUUUGGCAGAAACUGGGAAGGCCGACGCUAUAAUUGAAAAGGAACCAAAAUCUGCCAUAAGCAGCUCACCUUUUGCCACCACCACCACCCCAAGUGGUGGUGGUCUCUUUGGCUUCAGUUCUCCGGCAGCUACUUCCACCACCACUACAACAAAUGGUGGCUCUCCCUUUGGCUUUAGUUCUCCGGCAGCCGCUUCCACCGCCGCCGCCGCCACAAGUGGUGCUCUCUUUGGCUUUAGUUCUCCGGCUGCUACUUCCACCACCACCACCACUAGUGGCAGUGCUCUCUUUGGCUUCGGUUCUUCGGCAGCUACUUCCACCACCGCCACCACCAGUACAACAAAUGCUGGCGCGCUCUUUGGCUUCAGUUCUCCGGCAGUCACUUCCACCACCACCACCACAAGUGGUGGUGCUCUCUUUGGCUUCAGUGCUCCGGCUGCUACCUCCACCACCACCACCACUAGUGGCAUUACUCUCUUUGGCUUCAGUUCUCCGGCAGCUACUUCCACCACCGCCACCACCACAAAUGGUGGUGCUUUCUUUGGUUUCAGUUCUCCGGCCACCACUUCCACCACCACUGCUCAGUCGCAGGGGUCUUUCUUUACUGCCGCCAGUGGUUCUCAGUCAAAUACACAGACAUCUACUCCUGUUACUCAGGCUGUUCCCUUCCAGUUUUCUUCAAGCAGCUCUCUGUUUGGAUCCUCCGCUCCGGCUUUUGGUAUUAGUUCUUCAGAGGGCAAAUCUGGUAAUUCCACUAGUGGGUCCACCUCCACCACUAGCAUAUUUGGUUCUUCUUGGCAACCCCCAAACUCUUCCGUAUUCUCAUUCGGGGCAGGGGCAUCAUCUGCAGCCACAACUCCACCUAUCACAUUUGGUGCAUCAUCUAAUACAACCGCAUCAACAGGAUCUUCCAUGUUUUCAUUCACCACAUCUGGUCCCACCAAGCCGUCUUUCACAACCCCCUCCACAGUUUUUGGAAACCCAACUCCUAUGAGUAUGGAAGACAGCAUGGCAGAGGAUUCUAUGCAAACUCCUAGUCCAAGUCCUGUUUCUGUUUCACCAUUUGGUCAGGCGGCUCCUGUGGCUGCAUCACCAGGGUUCAUGUUCGGUUCAGCCACCCCGGCCCCACCACAAGCGGCGGCUCCUUUCCAGUUUGGUGGCCAGCCAAACCAAGUGCCGCCUCAGAAUCCUUUCCAGUCAUCUAGUGUAGAGUUCAAUGCUGGUGGAGGAAGCUUUUCGUUAGGGUCUGGUGGUGGUGAUAAAUCUGGAAGAAGGAUGGUGAGAGUUACUAAAAGCAAGAACAGGAGGAAAUGA